AAAUUCAAAAUUUUAUUCAGCAGAUCAGCACCAAUGAUAACGUGUGAAAAAAACAUUAGAAAAUUCUAAUAGUUGAUCUCUGCUGCAAAAGCUAUGAAUUCAUUGAAGAUUGUAUUGGUUUGCUUUUCAAUGGGAUGUUUCGUGUUAGAAGCUGAAGCAAUAUCAAAAAUGGAUGCUUUGGUUUACAAUCCGAUCACCCAGCAACUCGAAGAGCCAAAGCAAAGCCACUCCAAGUGCACAAUUUGCCUAUUGGGUUGUCCAGCUCAUACUUCUGAACAGCAGAAAAUUAACGAAGGAGCUUCCGUAACUGGGAAUGGUGUAUUCGCGAAAUCAUCACACAGCGAGCUCGAAUCGAAUGCAGAUGGCGAAGUUUAUACAAAAAUUUGCGACGAAACGUAUAUGCCAGUGAUGGUUCAAGAUACGAGUACUUCAGUGGAAUCAUACUCGUAUUAUCAGACUGGCUAUGAGCUCUACUAUCAAGACAAUAACCUUUUCACAUUGCAAUGUGACAAAUACAACCAGUUCAAAAAAGUUUUAUUCACAAAAGCAGACUCAAUACCAGGCCAAGGUGUAUCUACCCAGUCAGUAAUUACAAUCAACGAGAAGUACAACACCAAAUUCAAAGUACGAGUAGACCAUGGGAACGAUGAAAUAUGGACAUUUUUCUGGAUAUCGGUUCUAUCUAUUGAAAUUUCGGGACCUCAAAGACAAAUCAACUUCACGAAAGACCUUCUAAAUAAUUACCACAAUUUAGAUGAAACUAUGCCAACGUGUGCGGAUUACAAUUUAGAGGAUGAUCAAGUAACACUCCCUCCAUUACAAUGGCACAAGCACCAAGAACUGCUAGCUGGCUUAGAUGGCGAAACCAAUCCCGAAUCAUCAGCUGAAAGAGCAGACCAACCAUUGGAAAUUGAUUUUGUAGACGUGCAAAUAAUGCCGAUGCGUUAUUUUCACACAUUUUCGGCCAGACGAGCUACUUGCACUUUCCUCAACGUCGCUCACAUAUGGAACACUGUAAUCGAGCAAUACAACGUGGUCGAUUCCUAUUUAUACGCCAUUUAUCGGAAAGAACCUUCCCAAACGAAUAUAAUAUUUGGAACCAAAGGUUUAUCGCAAGACGUAACACGCGAUCAGUUCUUCAGAAUAAAUCCACAAGAUAACAUUAUCACUCGAAAAUUCCCAAUACCAGUACCCAUAUUACUAUACAGAAUUCUAGAAUAUAAACAAGAUGGUCAGAUUUUCAACGCCAUCUUUGUAAUUCACAACCUGCUCUACACUGUACCAGUCGAUGAACGAAUUUGUUCAAAAGAAUCAGAGGUAGAAGGUUGGGACGAGAUUAAACAUCAAGCAAAAGAUAGAGACAUCAGACCUGAAUUAAUUUAUGUGUGCCCUGUUACCCCACUAACCAUUGAAAAAUUGCAAGCUCGGUAUGAAAUUUUGGACACAAUGCAAACUUUCAAAUUGAAUUCGUUUCCUCGUUUCCUCGAUCCAAAAAGGAAGCAGAUGGGAUAAAAAUUUACAAGGUGUAGCACCGAUUUUGAAAUACAAAUAUUAUGCAGAAUGAAAUUCAAAUUUGAAAAGUAGGGUAUAAGUACAGCCUAUGAGAAUUUGUUUUAUUUUUAUUUAUUUAUUCAUUUAUUUAUUUAUUUUUACAUUUUAAGAGAAUGGAGAUACUUCAAUUGAAUAGAUUUUAUGUGUUUAGUUUCUGUUUAUUAUUUUUACCUAAUAUAAUUAUGU